AUUUUCCAUCUGAAGCCCCUUGUAAAACGCGAAGCGCUGCGCCCUGCUCUGACUCCUGCCUGCGGAAGGGUUCAGUGCCAAAGUGAAAGGCUUCCUAAAAAUGGGCUGAUCCAGGGAGGGGGGCGAUUUAGGAGCUAUUGAGAAACAAGGAAGGACAAACAGUGUUAGGUCAUUGCUUCUGCAAACACAGCCAAGGCCGUUCCUCUAUAAAAGGGGCAGCAAGCGGUUCCAGAGCCAUCACAGACUUGGAGGGGACGGUCUGUGACCAAAGCUGCUGCACCCCUCCCUCGGCACCCGACCCCCUGCUCAAGCAUGAAACUCGCACUCUUCACCGUGCUGUCCUUCGGGAUAGUGGCUCUGUGUUUUGCUGCUCCCCAAAAGCCAAGCGUCAGGUGGUGUACAAUAUCCUCAGCAGAAGAGAAAAAAUGCAAUAGCCUGAGGGACCACAUGCAACAGGAGAACUUCGCUUUCAGUUGCCUGCAGAAAGCAUCGUACCUCGACUGCAUAAAAGCCAUUUCGAAUAACGAAGCAGAUGCCAUUAGCUUGGAUGGAGGUCAAAUUUUUGAGGCAGGCCUUGCUCCCUACAAGCUGAAGCCCAUCGCUGCUGAGGUCUACGAGCACAGUGAAGGCUCCACUACCAGCUACUACGCCGUGGCCGUUGUGAAGAAAGGAACAGGCUUCUCAAUAAAUGAGCUGCGGGGCAAGACCUCCUGCCACACGGGGCUGGGCAGGUCGGCUGGCUGGGUCAUCCCCAUCGGGACACUCACCAGCCGCGGGGACAUCGAGUGGGACGGCAAAGACUCGGGCUCCAUCGAGCAAGCUGUGGCAAAUUUCUUCUCUGCCAGCUGUGUUCCUGGUGUCACCACUGAACCCAAACUGUACCGUCAGUGCAAGGGGGAUGCCAAGACCAAAAUGUCCCGCACAGGACCUUAUUCUGGAUAUUCUGGAGCUUUUCACUGUCUGAGAGAUGGGAAAGGAGAGGUGGCUUUUGUGAAACACACAACUGUUCAAGAAAAUGCCCCAGCUGAGAAGGAUGAGUACGAGCUCCUGUGUCUGGAUGGCACCCGCCAGCCCGUGGACAACUACAAGGCCUGUCACUGGGCCAGGGUUCCUGCUCACGCCGUUGUGGCUCGAGAUGACAGCAAGGUCAAUGACAUCUGGAACUUCCUCUCCAAAGCACAGGAAACAUUUGGCGUGGGCACAACCAACACCUUCCACCUCUUUGGGCCACCUGGCAAGAAGGACCCAGGCCUCAAAGACUUGCUCUUCAAAGACUCUGCAGUACAGCUGAAGCAAAUCCCGUCACUGAUGGAUGCUCAACUCUACCUGGGCUUUGAGUAUUACACUGCUGUCCAGAGCCUCCAGAAAGAUCGCCUGACCCCCAGCCGCAGGGCCAGCAAGAUCCAGUGGUGUGCCAUCGGCAGGGACGAGAAGAAGAAGUGUGACGUCUGGAGCGUGAUGAGCAACGGGGAUGUGGAGUGCGUUGUGGCAGAGGACACCAAGGAAUGCAUCACAAAGAUCAUGAAAGGUGAAGCAGAUGCCAUCAGCUUAGAUGGAGGCUUUGUCUACACUGCUGGCAUGUGUGGCUUGGUGCCAGUGGUGGCAGAGAGCUAUGAGGAAAAUCACUGCAAAUCAAAAGAAGAACCAGCAACCUACUAUGCUGUGGCUGUUGUGAAGAAGUCUGACAGGGAUAUCAACUGGAACAACCUGCAGGGUAAGAAGUCGUGCCACACUGCCGUGGGGAGAACUGCUGGCUGGAACAUCCCCAUGGGCCUGAUCCACAACAGGACAGGCAACUGCAACUUCGAUGAAUACUUCAGCGAGGGCUGUGCUCCCGGCUCCCCUCCCACCUCCCGCCUCUGCCAGCUGUGCAAGGGCUCAGGGGGGGUCCCUCCGGAGAAGUGCGUGGCCAGCAGCCACGAGCAGUACUACGGAUACACCGGAGCGUUACGGUGUCUGGUCGAGCAGGGGGAUGUGGCCUUUAUCAAGCAUACCAUCGUUGAGGAGAACACUGAUGGCAAAAAUCCAGAAAGCUGGGCCAAAGAUCUGAAAAUGGACCAAUUUGAGUUGCUGUGCACUGAUGGGCAGCGGGCAAAUGUCAUGGACUUCAGCAGAUGUAACCUGGCCAAAGUCCCUACCCACGCUGUGAUGGCACGUCCUGAGAAAGCACAGCGAGUCCGUGACGUACUGGAGAACCAAGAGAGGCUGUUUGGACCAAAAGGAACCAGGAAUAAAGAUUUCAAUAUGUUUGCAUAUGAAUCCAAGGAUCUUCUGUUUAAAGACCGGACGAAGUGCCUGAUCAAGCUCCCUGAUGGAAUGUCAUACAAGGAAUUCCUUGGAGAUAAAUACUAUGCUUCACUUGCCAGCCUCAACACCUGCAAUCCAUCAGAUCUUCUCCAGGUGUGCACCUUCCUUGAAGACAAGUAGUGAGAUGGGAAGGAUCCUCAAAGUGGGAGAGAAAACCUCAAGCCAUGACUCCUCUCGUGCCCUCAGCACCGAACACUGACCCGCAGAGGGCCCUCUGCCUUCACUGCUUUCUCUGCCCUCCCUCAUCACUCUGAAAGUAGCUCUUUGAGACUUUACAAUUCUCUGCUGCCAGAACAGCGAAAAAUAAAAUCUCAAAUCUAAA